AUUGUUAAUACCUCUUUAAAUUUUAUUUUUGGCCCUUGACGUUGGUUCAGUCUGGCAAUGUGGCCCUCAACCAGAAAACGUUGUGCACACCUGAUAUAGACAGAUAGUGGUGUGUUAUGUGCCCUUACCUCCACCUCCUAACUUGGCAUCUUCCCUCUCACAGAGUCUCCUGGACGACUUGGUGCUAAGGCUUUGCCCAGUAGAGAAUGAACGGAGCAGCUGGCGACGAACAAACCAGCAUGACUGCCAUUAGUGAUCAAGAUAACUGGUCCCAGGAGGACAUGCUCACUCUCCUGGAAACCAUGAAGACCAUUCUGCCCAGCCAGGACAAUUUAAAGUUUAAAACCACAGAGUCUCAUCUAGACUGGAACAAGCUGGCCUUUAAGAAUUAUACGGGACCCGUGUGUCGUCAGAAGUGGACUGAGAUCUCAACUGAGGUGAGGAAGUUCCGCACUCUCUCAGAAAUAAUUGUAGAUGCAGAAGAACAUGUGAAGAACCCAUAUAAAGGGAAAAAACUGAAGAAACACCCCGAAUUCCCCAAGAAGCCCCUCACACCCUAUUUCCGCUUCUUUAUGGAGAAGAGGGCCAAAUACGCUAAGUUACAUCCAGAGAUGAGUAACCUGGACCUAACCAAGAUUCUGUCCAAAAAGUAUAAAGAGUUACCAGAGAAAAAGAAGACAAAAUAUAUUCAGGAUUUCCAGAGAGAGAAGCAAGAAUUUGAGAGGAACCUGGCAAAAUUCAGGGAGGAGCACCCAGACCUCAUGCAGGCUACAAAGAAAUCAGAUGUCCCUGAAAAACCCAAGACCCCCCAGCAACUCUGGUACAAUCACGAGAGGAAGGUUUACCUUAAAAUAAAGCCUGAUGCUAGUACAAAGGAAGUGAAAGACUCUCUAGGGAAACAAUGGUCACAGCUCCCUGACAAGAAACGUCUCAAAUGGAUUCAUAAAGCAUUGGAACAGCGAAAGCAAUAUGAGGACAUCAUGCGGGAGUACAUCCAGAAACAUCCAGAAAUGAACCUUGAGGAGGGCAAUACCCGCUCCACUCUUACCAAGGCAGAGCGUCAGCUCAAAGACAAGUUUGAUGGACGGCCAACAAAACCACCUCCAAACUGCUACUCCAUGUACUGUGCAGAACUAAUGGCCAACAUGAAGGACGUCCCCAGCACAGAGCGCAUGGUCCUCUGCAGUCAGCGGUGGAAGCUACUGUCUCAGAAAGAAAAAGAUGCAUACCACAAGAAGUGUGAACAGAAAAAGAAAGAAUAUGAAGUGGAGUUAGUGCGUUUUCUUGAGAGCCUCCCAGAAGAACAACAGAAGAGGGUUCUUGCUGAAGAAAAGAUGGUGGGGGCGAACAAGAAGCCCUCACAAGCAUCAAAGGUGACUGCUCAGGAUUCUACGAAGCCAAAGAGCAGAGCAGAGAAGAAGAAGGCUCCAGAUGAGAGGGGGAAGCUCCCAGAAACGCCAAAAACAGCAGAAGAAAUCUGGCAGCAGAGUGUAAUUGGUGACUACCUGGCCCGGUUUAAGAAUGACCGAGCUAAAGCUGUCAAGAGCAUGGAGUCCACUUGGUUGAACAUGGAGAAAAAGGAGAAGAUCAUGUGGAUUAAAAAAGCGGCUGAGGACCAGAAACGAUAUGAGAGAGAACUAAGUGAUAUGAGGUCUGCUCCAGCUGCAGCAAUCCCUGCAAAGAAGAUGAAGUUUCAGGGAGAACCCAAAAAAGCCCCAAUGAAUGGUUAUCAAAAGUUCUCACAGGAGCUCCUCUCAAAUGGAGAGCUAAAUCAUCUCCCCCUGAAAGAGCGCAUGGUGGAGAUUGGCAGCCGCUGGCAGCGGAUUUCCCCCAGUCAGAAGGAAUAUUACAAGAAACUGGCAGAAGAUCAGCAGAGAGUCUACCGCAUGCAGCUUGAAACGUGGAUGAAGGGUUUAUCAUCUCAGGAUCGGGCAGCAUACAGAGAGCAGACAGCCUAUAAGCGCAAGAGUACAACGAAAACCCAAGCACCUAGUCCAAAGUCAAAGGCUACUGCUCAGAGCAAAUCAGAUGAUGAUGAGGACGACGACGAGGAUGAUGAUGAUGAAGACGAGGAUGAAGAUGAUGACGAGGACAAAGAGGAUUCCUCUGAUGGGGACUCCUCGGAGUCUAGCAGUGAAGAUGAUAGUGAAGAUGCAGAAGAGAAUGAGGAUGAGGAAGAAGAUGAUGACGAUGAAGAAGAGGAUGAAGAUGAUAAUGAGUCAGGCUCCAGUUCUUCAUCAUCCUCUUCGGGAGACUCUUCAGAUUCUGACUCUAACUGAAGAGGAGCCACCAGCUGUGAAAAAAGCAGAUCUGACAUUUUAAGGGCACCUGUCCCCCUACACUUGAGUCCAACAUGCAAAUUUUCAGUUUGAAAGGAAACUGACUGCACGGAAACAAAAAAGUGAAGACUUGGCAGUUUAGUAUUUUAUCCUCCCUCAUCUUGGUGUGUUUUGCCGCAGUCUCCAUUUGCACUUGUCUUGCCUUUUGGCGUAUUGUCAGUUAACAUAAACGGGCAAUGCCCACUUAUGUCACUUGAUUACUUAAAGGCAAUGUUCACCUUCAUAAACCAUUUUUCUUUAUCUCCCCAGUGCAUCCAAAAUGUAAAAAAAAAAAAAGAACUUUUUAGCACCUAUGAAGAAUUGUCUCCAUAGUAACAGUCUACAAACUUUCACUGUGUAGUCUGAUCUAGCUGUCAUACUCCCUUCCAUCUGUCCCCUACUUAAUCACGUAUAUUUGCAUGAAGUAGGGAACAGAUGGAAGAGGUUAUGUCUAAGGGGCCAGAAUAUCAUGGAGAAAAAGAUUUGCAAAGCAGCUGUAGACAAACAGUAGAACAUUUUUAGUGGAGACUAUUUGAAAAGUUCCUUUAUAUAAUUAUUUUAUUUUUAUUUUAUUUUUUGUGGUUUGCUGGAAAGCAAUGAAAAAAUAUAGUCGUGAAAGUGGUCAUGCAAUUUAUUUAAUUUGUUCCUUCUGAAAUUUAUUGAAGGCAAGGCACACCUCGAAGCAUCCCACCCAACCGUUAAAGUUUUUGACCCCUCCAUUCUCUAAGGGCUCUUUCACACGAGCGGAUCCCAUGCGUGGAAUCCACUGCGUGAAAGAGUGCCAAGCCCCAUUGUGGACAGCAGAGACACUGAGACAUGAUUGAUAAUGCUCUGUGCCUCUCUGCCCUUUUUACUACAAAAUCACAGUGCCAACUUUAUCUCGCUGUGAUUUUUGUAGUCAAAAGAUCAGAGGCACGGCGCAUUAUUAAUCAGGUUAAUGCUCCGUGUCUCUGCUGUUCGGAACGGGGCUUGGCUCUCUUUCACGCAGUGGAUUACCUGCACGGCAUCCGCUUGUGUGCAAGAGCUCUUAGAGAAAGGAGUUUUCUUUUUCUUUUUUUUUUUUUCUUCGUUUUAUCCUGUUUUAGUGUCGUUAUUCAGUUAGCUGUUUUUCUCCCUCCUUUUUUUUCUCAUUUUGGGUGGGAGUCUGUUUUAAGAAACAAAAAAGCCCUAUGAGUAUUUUUUGUUUUGUAAAAGUUUUUCUUUUUGGGGGAAAUGUAGAUUCUUACCGUGCAAAACAAACGCACAGUGAGAGGCAAAACACUUAGUGCAUUUUUAGCACUAUAAACGAAAUAGGAUGUUGAGGUGCGUUAAAAAAAAAAAAAAGAGAGAGAAGGAAAAUAAGACCUUUUUUUCCUG